AGGCGUUAACCCUUUACCGCUUGGCCAACAUACACAAACACAAGCCGUUGGAUAUAUUAAUACACGGCAUCAAUCAUCAUUACUCAUGUGGUGAUCUAAAAGACUAUGGAGAUCCAAAUUCCAUCUCUGUUGCUAUGCAUCUCAUUCUUGUUCUUCACUCUCAUACUCUUGAAAUUCGGAAGCAAACAAAAAUCAAAUGCAAAAUUUCCCCCGGGGCCAUGGAAGCUGCCCUUGAUCGGAAACAUACACAAUCUGGUGGGCGAUGUUCCUCAUCGCGCGCUUCACCAGCUUGCCCAGAAGUUCGGUCCCAUGAUGGGCCUUCAGCUUGGUGAACUAUCUGUUGUCGUCAUUUCCUCAGCUGAUGCUGCUAAGCAGAUAAUGAAAACUCACGACAUCAACUUCGCGUCGCGGCCUCCCAUCAUAGCAGCGGAGAUAAUCAGUUAUGGGUGCACCAGCAUCACCUUCAGCCCUCACUCCGAUUACUGGAGGCAGCUCCGCAAACUCUGCACGUUGGAGCUUCUCAGCAACAAACGUGUUCAGUCGUUCCGAUCGCUGCGAGAGAAAGUGUUCGCUGAUCUCAGCCGGUGGAUUGCGUCCAUGGAGGGGUCGUCCAUCAAUCUCACGGCGGAGCUCUACAACUCCACUUACGCUCUUAUUUCACGAGCCACACUUGGCGACCACACUACGGAACAUGAGGCUUUGCUACCGAUUCUCAAAGAGGUGAUUGAAAUAUCUGCGGGAUUUGAUAUAGCUGAAUUGUUUCCUUCCGUCAAAGUGCUUCAAGGGGUGAGUGGAUUGAGGAGGAGAAUUAUGGUUUUGCACAAAGAAGCGGAUAAGAUACUUGAAGAUGUAGUCCGUCAGCAUAGAGGUGUGAAGGUGGAGGAGCAUGAAGAUUUGUUGGAUGUUCUUCUCAGAGUUGAGGAAGAAGGACUUGAACUUCCUCUUACAACGGACAAUAUCAAGUCUGUUCUCGUGGAUAUGUUGGGUGCUGGAAGCGAGACAUCAGCGACAACAAUGGAUUGGGUGAUGGCUGAAAUGCUGAAAAAUCCAAGAGUCCUUGAAAAGGCACAAGAAGAGGUGAGGAAGGUAUUUGAUGAAGAGGGAUUCGUUGACGAAUCGCGCAUUCCUCAACUCAAGUAUAUGAAGGCAGUAGUGAAGGAGACACUGAGGAUGCAUCCGCCGCUGCCUCUUUUACUCCCAAGAAAAUGCGGCGAAACAUGUGAGGUGAAUGGAUAUGAGAUAAGGGCAGAGACCAAAAUCAUAGUGAAUGCAUGGGCUGUGAACAGAGACCCCAAAUGUUGGGAAGAUGCACACAGCUUUAAACCAGAGAGAUUUAUGGAUAAUAUGGUGGAUUACAGGGGAAACCAUUUUGAAUAUAUCCCAUUUGGUGCGGGAAGGAGAAUGUGCCCUGGCAUGACGUUCGGAUUGGCCAACGUUGAGCUGCCGCUGGCAAUGUUUCUGUAUCAUUUCGAUUGGAAAUUAGGUGGUGGGAUGAAACCUCAAGAGAUGGAUAUGGCUGACGGGACUGGCGUCACAUCUAGAAGGAUCAAAGAUCUGUGUGUUGUUCCUGUUAUCAAAAGACCUUUGCCUAUUAAUUAAUGUACAAGCCACCCGACUUGGUCAAACAUCAAUAAUGAAUAAAUGCUCCAGUUUCUGUGUGCC